CGACGGUGGCGCUUCGGUGCGGCGGACCCCGCCACCACGGGGCGGCCAUAUUCGGACGAGUAGGGAUCAGUGGUUAUUGAGGCCAGCUCAGGCCUACAUCUGUUCUCUGUAGCCAUUUUGUAGUCUGCCUAGAAUGCGAAGAUGGAUUUCAAGAACGUCGUCUAUAACGCAGCUAGGGAUGGCAAACUCCGACGGCUUAAGGUGUUCCUGGAGCACCGUAAUGCGGAGGAGGUCCUUAUGCUAAUAGGAACAAAAACGAACGGAGCAACUCCCCUUGUGAUGGCUUGUCGAAACGGCCACUACGAUGUAGUGGAGUAUCUGGUCGACAGGUGCAACGCAGAUCUGGAGCAGCCCGGAUCCGUUGUGUUCGAUGGUGAGACAAUCGAGGGGGCACCACCACUAUGGUGCGCAGCCGCGGCAGGACAUUUUUCAGUAGUAAAAUUCCUGGUCCGCCGUGGGGCAUCCGUCAACUCGACAACCAAAACAAAUUCGACACCUCUGAGAGCAGCAUGCUUUGAUGGUCACUAUGAAAUAGUCAAAUUCCUCGUCGAGCAGGGGGCAGACAUCGAGGUGUCGAAUCGUCAUGGACACACUUGCCUUAUGAUAGCGUGUUACAAAGGACAUUACCAAAUAGCUCAGUAUCUUCUAGGCUUAGGAGCUAACGUAAAUCGUAAAUCUGUCAAAGGGAACACAGCUUUACACGACUGUGCAGAGUCUGGUUCGCUCAAUAUACUUAAAAUGCUUAUCGAGCAUGGAGCCAAGAUGGAUGUAGAUUCUUAUGGAAUGACACCACUGUUGGCUGCGAGUGUUACAGGUCAUAGUCACAUAGUAGAAUAUCUUAUACAGUUGCCGAGGAUAGUCACCAGGGAGGAGAGUGUAGAUGCACUCGAGCUCCUCGGGGCCACUUUCGUUGAUAAGAAGAGAGACAUGAUUGGCGCCCUAGCUUUAUGGAAACGAGCGAUGGCUAUUAGGUUUGAAGACGGCGUGCCAUCUUUGCCUAAACCUGUUCAGACAGCAACUGUUGAGGCUUAUGAACACUCAAGGGAAAUGAGGACAGCAGAAGAGCUCGACAGUUUGCUUGCCGACCCCGAUGAAAUGAGGAUGCAGGCUCUUCUUAUUAGAGAGAGAAUACUCGGACCUGCCCACCCGGAUACCAGUUACUAUGUUAGAUAUCGGGGAGCCGUGUACGCAGAUGCUGGGAAAUUUUCUAGAUGUAUCUCGUUAUGGUCAUAUGCCCUCGAUAUGCAACAGGCGAUGUUAGAACCUCUUAAUCCAAUGACGCAAUCAUCUCUAUUUUCCUUCACAGAACUGUUCUCAUUUAUGAUGGGAGAAGAAGGGCGAUCAAGUGGGCGCGGAAGGAGGGUGCCAUCAGUCUCUUUUGAUGACAUGCUGAGCGUUUUGUUGAAAGCUGUUGCUGAGGUCAGGUCAGGUGUCUGUCUAGUCCCAGAGCGUGAUUCUUCCCAUCUUCACAGGGUAUUAGUGAUCUGUCUCCACUUGGCCUGCUUGACGGUAAAGGUGCUGACCAAUAUGGGACAAAGCGAGUGGGAUCGUGCCCUCAAGGUUAUCUAUCUCUUGGUGUCUCUCAACCCUCGUGGCAAGGGAGGGCAAACGCCGCUACACCUCGCCUGCUCUGAGGAAGCAGCUCUAGUCGGCAGGUACCCUGCAUGCAGGUUUCCUGCUCCUGCCCUAGUUGCAGCACUCCUGAAGACCGGUGCCGACCCUAACUCGUUGGAUGACAGCGGGAGUAGUCCGCUCCACAUCGCAGCAAAAUGCAGGCCAGUAUCAGCGCCUCUUGUUAGGUCGCUGCUCGAGGCAGGUGCUCACUUCGAUGCCAGGGAUGCUUCAGGAAGAACAUUCACAUCCCUAUUACAGCAAAGUGAGCAGGAUGUAAGCAAGAUUUGCCAACCGAUGCGCUAUACAACACUUGCCUGCCUGGCAGCAAGGACGAUCCGUAAAGCAGGCAUACCGUUUGCCGGUCAGAUACCUCGUCACCUCGAACCGUUCGUGUUACAACACUAGCCCGCAGCGCUCUCUCAUCUAUCUUCGAAUCUUCGUCGCCUGUGUAUUUAUUGUUUUAUAUGUUCAUUUCAAAAAAUGAUUCUGGUUUAAAAGUUAACUUUUUAACGAUAUCAGAUACAUUAUAUGAAUUAGAUAUUUAAUCCUUUAGUACAUUGUUUAGAAUAUGUAUAUUUUAUUAUAAAAAAAAAGGAAAAAAAUUCAUUUUUAUGUAAAUUAGCUGUAAAUUUGAAGAGAGGUUGACUUUCACUGAAACAAAAGGUCUUAUUUAUUUUUUUUUUUUUAAACUCACUAUCUCAUAUUCUGUUUUCUUUAUUUUAUUUGUAUAUACCUAUAGGAGAUUUUUGGCUGUUAAUUAAAAUAGAAAACUUGUUAAUUAUGCUUAUUAUAAAUAUGGAAUUAAAUUUGUUUAGUCAUAUGAAACAUUGAAUAUUUCAAAAUUGUAUUUUUAUUUUAUUAAAGAUAAUUUCAUCAUGCGACAGGCAGAUUAUGACACGUGCCAUUGAAUAAAAUUCAAAACAAUAAAAUUACUAUACUUUUUUGUAAUAUUUUACAAAAAGGUAUAGUUAGAUUUGCACUAUAAAUACUUAAAAAAAAAAAAAAAAAAAAAAAACUUCUCAGUCAUAUUGUUGCUUGUUGUGAGAUGGUGUUGUAAAGGUCUUCAGUUAUUUUAUUUUGCUCUAUUUCAAUUUAUUUAAUUAUUUUUUUCAAUGCAUUGACUAUAUGUUUUGUUCAAAUAUUAAUCAUUGGCAGUAAUAACUUUUGCUCUCCUGAGUUAUCUAUAAUGCAUUCUUUGUCUCAGAAUUUGGCAUACAAUGGUGUCGAAUAUUGAUUUAUAUAUAAUAAAUAAUUUUUUUAUGAUUGGCUUAAUCCUUGUUAGAAAACUCUUUCUUGUGAUAUUUAAAUGUUGAAAAAUAUGAGUGAAAAAAUAAAUAAAAUUUAAACAUUA